CAUCCUGAGGUUGGCAUUAAACUUAUCCCAGUGGAGCCCAUGACUUCUGAUCAGGACACUAAAGUUGUGGCUGAACCGCAGGCGCAGCGAGUCCAGGAGGGCAAGGACAGCUCUCAUCUGAUGAAUGGUCCUAUAUCUCAAACCACUUCUCAAACAAGUUCCAUCCCAGCUUUGAGUCAGGUACCAACAACUAAGGUUUCAGAGCUAAACCCGAAUGCGAAAGUAUGGGGGACUCAUAUGUUACAUUUGGAGGCAAGUAGUGCUGCUGUAGGUGUGAGUGCUGCGUGGGAGGAGGUGCCCAGCCAUCCUGACUGCGGCCAGCAGGGAUUGGAUGCCAGUGGUGAUGGUGACAAAAGUCAUGAGAAUGCAGCAUUACCGGACUUACAGGAGUCAGACCAAACAGACAUGAACACUUUGGCUCUGGAUCACUCAGAAUAUGAAUCUCUGCCUGAAAAUAGUGAAACAGGAGGAAAUGAGUCUCAACCAGAAAGCCAGGAAGAUCCCCGGGAAGUACUUAAAAAAACAUUGGAAUUCUGCUUAUCUAGGGAGAAUCUUGCUAGUGACAUGUAUCUCAUAUCGCAGAUGGAUAGUGAUCAGUAUGUGCCAAUUACAACGGUAGCUAACCUUGACCAUAUCAAAAAACUCAGUACUGAUGUGGAUUUAAUUGUUGAAGUGCUAAGAUCUUUACCUUUAGUACAAGUGGAUGAGAAGGGAGAAAAAGUAAGGCCAAAUCAAAAUCGUUGCAUAGUAAUCCUGCGUGAAAUCUCUGAAUCUACCCCUGUGGAAGAAGUAGAAGCACUAUUUAAAGGAGAUAACUUACCGAAAUUUAUAAACUGUGAAUUUGCCUAUAAUGAUAAUUGGUUUAUUACAUUUGAAACAGAAGCUGAUGCACAGCAGGCUUAUAAAUACCUGCGAGAAGAAGUAAAAACUUUUCAAGGAAAGCCAAUUAAGGCACGGAUAAAAGCAAAGGCAAUAGCUAUAAACACGUUUUUGCCAAAGAAUGGAUUUAGACCUCUGGACAUGAACCUUUAUACACAGCAGCGUUAUACAACAUCAUUUUAUUUACCUCCAGUAUACAGUCCCCAGCAACAAUUUCCUCUGUACAGCCUGAUUACCCCCCAGACAUGGUCAACAACACAUAGCUAUCUUGAUCCACCCUUGGUAACUCCAUUUCCAAAUACUGGAUUUAUAAAUGGGUUUACGUCUCCGACCUUCAAACCUGCAGCAUCUCCUCUGACUUCACUUAGACAGUAUCCUCCUAGAAGCAGGAAUCCUAGUAAAUCUCAUCUGCGCCAUGCAAUUCCUAGUGCAGAGAGAGGACCCGGACUACUGGAAAGUCCAUCAAUAUUUAACUUCACCGCAGAUCGGUUAAUUAAUGGUGUUCGGAGCCCACAGACAAGACAAACAGGGCAAACUAGAACUCGAAUACAAAAUCCUUCAGCUUAUGCCAAGAGAGAGAUUGGAACUGGGCGUGUGGAGCCAAGUAGUCUUGAAUCCUCUCCUGGUUUAGGGAGAGGAAGGAAAAAUUCCUUCGGCUAUCGGAAGAAAAGAGAGGAGAAGUUUACAAGCAGCCAGACUCAGUCUCCAACACCACCAAAGCCUCCAUCACCAAGCUUUGAACUGGGACUGUCCAACUUUCCUCCAUUACCUGGAGCUGCUGGCAAUUUGAAGACAGAGGACUUGUUUGAAAACAGGCUAUCUAGCUUGAUCAUAGGACCAUCAAAAGAAAGAGUAAGACGUUACAAGUCAAACAGUUACAUUUUAGAGCUGCAGAGAAGGACUUCAGAGGUUAGACAGUUCAACCCCUCCUUUAUUGAUGUGGGACUUGUGAGCGUCACUCUGGCUCUUUCCAAGCUCAGUAAAAAGCAGAGGGAAACCCACAGCGUGGACAGACUCCCUUCUUCCCUUACUACAACUGCAUGUAAAUCAGUGCAAGUGAACGGAGCUGCCACUGAAUUGCGAAAACCCAGUUAUGCAGAGAUUUGUCAGAGAACGAGUAAAGAGCCUCCUUCCUCCCCGUUGCAACCCCCAAAAGAACAAAAGCCAAACACUGUUGGUUGUGGGAAGGAGGAAAAGAAGCUCGCUGAGCCCAUGGAGAGAUACAGGGAGCCUUCUGCCCCCAAGUCCACUCCUGGAGCCCCCAAAGACCAGAGGAGACAGCCGGGGCGCCGACCCUCACCCCCAGCUGUCGGGAAGCGUCUCAACAGAGAACAGAACACUCCCCCAAAGUCUCCUCAGUGAAAACUGUAUGCCUGGGAGGGGUCGCAAAGAGCUGUAUUAACCACAAACAAAACUCUUCCCACUCAGUAUAAGAAUGAGUCGCUGGUUAGGAGCUUGCAGUGUCUGUGAGGCCCAUGGGAUGCCUGCAAGUUAUUUUUCUUCUGUGAGUCGGAUUCUCCCACUCUUGAAAAAAAUCUAUUUUUCAGGAUUUAAUUAAUAUAAACCUUAUUUUAGGUUGGUGCUUAACUGGAGGUGAUGCAUAAGUCUGAUUUUUUUCAGGGUAGAAAAAUGCAUUUAUCCUAACAAAUUGAUAUUUUUUAUUAAGCCUCCACAUGGCUCUGAAUGCAAGCUAUAUAUAGUAAGUUUUUCUAAAUUAAGGGAACUAUGCUACUUUUUUUUUUUUUUUUUUUAAAUAACUGGUCUGCAAGUGCAUAUCUUUAGGUGUCCCAGCAGAUGGAUGAGGGCUGAUAGCGCUGACAGAGGCAGACCCAGCCUCACAGAGGAAGGGGCUAGCAGUGUCAGGGCGCCAACACACUGGCAUGGAGCUGUGUUUUCAUCUAGACCAUUAACAGGUGAUUCUAGAUUUUUGAUUUUAAAAAAAAAAAAAAAGUUCUUUUUUUUUGACCUAGUGGGCAGAAUGAACCUGCAGAGAGCACCCUAGAAAGAUUUAACACCUUAGAAUUUUGAAGUACUGCAAGCAAGUAACCAGCUUCUCACUCCAGUUUCAAGUGGCUAUUAUGUAAAAUAAAUUCAAAGCACAUUGUGAAUAGAACCUAAAUGAAAAUAUAAACUUUGUUGCCCACUGACACAUUACCACAAGUUGUACCAUGAUGUUGUUUUGAUCCCUGUGAGCUGGCUGCCUGGCUCCUGGCCUUGAGCCUGCUCUGUGCACAUUUCUGUCCAUGUCCCCCUAAGCACUCUCAUUGAAGAGUCCACAUCUUUAGUCAGCUCCAUGUGGAUGUCUUCCUGUACCUCUGCAUCGGCACAUGGAUUUAAAAGUAUGUAACCGUGAAAGAAUGGUGUUUGUGGUUUUUCCCCCUCUUUGGCUGGUGGAGGACAGAAAUUCCUGCUCUUUUUACCUCCAAGAUGAGGGUUUCAUUGAUUCACUUCUAGAAGUGUUGCACUUCUGAUGAACAAGGAUGCACUAAAGUUAGCAAGUUUAUAAUAAAGUUAAAUAUAAAUUAUUUUGUUUUAAAAUGCCUAAAAUUUUUCUUUAAGUAUUCUAAGCAGCAGACAUUAAAAUAUUUCCUGCUAAAUGUAACCAUACAGUUUAUUCCACAAAAUGUUAUUUAACAAGACUGAGGGUUUUUUUUAAAAAAAAAAAAAAAUUAUUUCCAUCCAAUAUUUAAAGACUUGAAUUUUAUUUAAACUUGAAAAUGACUUUGCCUUAACUUUUGUAUAAGACAGCUUAGAGCUCAUGGAGACCGGCCCCUGGGUUGGCAGGAGUGGAUCAGAGUUACUCAGUUACCGGUGUGGAUCUCUUGUUGUUAGCUUUGCUGAGUAAGCAUACUGUAGUACAAGAACUAGCGGUAGUUUUUGUAAUAUACCUUAAAGAUCUUCAACAGUUGAUCUUUUUUCAGAUUGUUGAAAAAUCCUGUAAAUGCAAAUAGUCGAUACUGUAUUAAAUAUGUGCACUUGGGAGUGUGCUUUGCUUGUACAGUUGUAAAUAAUCAGAACAUAUUAAAAAGGUACCCUACAGAGAAAAAUCUGAUAAAAAUUAUUGAUAUAUUAUAAAUGUUGCUGUUGAGCUGGAUGUAGAUAAACUAAAUGUUGUGGUUUGAACAUUAUUUUAAUUUGUUGAGGUUUUUUUCCCCCCCCUCUUAUAUUGGUAUGUUGAACUGAUUCUGCCUCUUUGCUGCAAAAGGGAAGUGGAAAGUCUUUUAAAAGCCUUCAGAUGUUUUCAUAUUCUUAAAAAGUAUAUAAGUACAUGCUAAUCAUAUCUAAUGUGAAGGGUUUUGAAGUAUAGAAAGCAGAAACUAGCAGGAUAUGCAAGUGAAAGUUAAAAAAAAAUCUAAUUAAAAAGUACACUGCUAAGUGUGGUUUAUCCUGCCAGGAAAAAAAAAAAAACAAAACAUGCUUGAUGUAUUUGACCAUUUCUUUCAGAGCAGUUGUCAUUAUUCAAAUAUAUAGAAAUAAACACAAUGCUAAUAGGCUUCAAUUGCCCAUUAAAGGAACAUGGGGAUUAAUUUCUUUAUAGUUGUCAGAUCACUGACCAAGAAGGAAAAAAGUCAGAAAUAAUUGAUUUCUUAAACCCAAGCUAACAGAUACUGUAAAAGCUGGAAAGGCAAGCUCUGAGACCUAGGGUCCUUCAUGUCACAUAUUUGCUGGAAGAGGUGCCAGGGAAUUGAAAGCCACCUCAUCCCCAAGUCACAAUGCCCACAGGGUGAAUCCUGGUUUUUAAUAAUGGGCAGUCCUUUCCCCAAGGCGCAAGCAUUGCAGCGCCGUGUGUGUAGGUAGCCAGCUAUAUAGUUUCCAAGUUUGUUUAUGAGCUGAAAGUAUAAAGGUCAGCAGCUGCACACAGGACAGAGAGCAGGUGGGCAUGUGUUGGCGUAGGUAGUCAUGACAGUGAGGGUGCUGUUCUGGUAGGUUCUGCUGCCAUUUAGAGGAGGUCAGUGCACUGUUGAUUUCUGCUUAGCCAGGGACCGUCUGGCAUCAAGAGCUAAAACUAUGCUCAGAUGUCAUUUUUAUAGCACUCUGUUUAAUUAAGCAAAGGUGAUAUGCCAAAUAGCUACAUGUCAAAACAAACGAGACAAAAAAACAAAACAACCUUUCUGAUAGUACCUUAAGAUUUUCCAUUCAGCUAGAAAAUGGGAGUUAUCACUAUAGGAAGCUGUGAGGGCGCAUGCAGACUGUUGCUAUGUCACAUACAGCUAAUGAUAUGUGGUUUUCAUACUUUUUAUUUACUCCUUCCUUUCUCAGCAGUAUCUUGAGUUAUAGAAUCAAAUACUGCAGUCACAAAUGACAUUUUAACUUGUAAAAUUGUGUGAUACUAAUCAUUUGGAAAUAUAGGAGUAAGAAUCUGGCCCGUGUCACCAGACAUGAAUUUUGAGUGGUCGCUCUCUAAGAAUUGGUGUCAUGAUGUCUCUGAUCAGUCCCUCCUGUCAUUGCAUCACUGGUUGCCACUAGUGGGUGGCAAAAAAUGUCUUAUGUUGCUGUAUUAGUCAGGAUUUUUGCAGUUUACAUUUAAAAACUGGUAUGAUGUAUUACAACAGGUGACUGAUGGUGCAUACCUGUCUUUGUGUCCCCUUCAGUGAGCUAUAGUCGUGGGUUUUGUGUGCUUUGUAGCCUGUUAACACGGAAAGCAGCAGACAAUCGAAGAUUCAAGGAGUACUAACAGCUGCCAAGUCACAGAAGUGUAAUGUGGAAGCUUUCUUGAGGGUUUUCUUUUUGUUCUACUUCUUUUCAUUAAGACUGGAAUCAAGCUUACAUGUAAACUAUUGGUAAUUUAAGUUUCCUUUUGUGUCAUUCAGUGUAAAACUGUCUAAUUUGGAAAAAAAAUGUAGGUUAUGAAAAAUAAAGAUUUAGGCACUGUUCAGUUUU